CAUUCCCCCCCCCCCAGGCCACAUGUGCUCUGCAUGAGAUCAUGUCUGCGCCGGAGUCUGGGCCGGCGGUGCUGGGGCUCUACGCGCCGCUCUUCGUGACCCUCCUGCUGCGCGUCAGCUGCACCGUGGGUGUCCAGCUACCGAAGAGCCUGCAGGGCAGGGAGAGGAGGAGCAGCAGCCACGCGGCCGCAUCCCGGAGCCUCCAGCCCUGCAGCUGCGCGGUGCAGACGCUGCGGGCCAUGCUGGUGCAGGGCGGCAGUGAGGCGGUGGCCGUGGCCGUGGGCAGUGCCGGCGGAUGGGAGCUGAUGGAGAACCCCGAGCGGCACCACGAGGGCGUCGCUAUGCUGGCUGGGUGA